UCCGUGUCAACUUUUACGUCAAGUAAAAGAGGUUAGUUUAAUAUUUUAGACAGAAUUCGUUAGAAAAUAUGGUUUCUUUACAAAAUAUCGAUUGUGUAUUCACUGUAAUUUAAAUUUCAAGUGUUGUUGUGUACUUCUGUUAUAUAUUAAACAUAGAAACUGAAGAUAUGCGACCAAUUUCAUUCAGUGUUUAGAAAGGCAAAAUAUUUAUUUUUAUACUUGUCUCAGCCUGCAGUCUGUUCAGUUUAUUAAAGAACUGUUUGAUUUAUAAACUGCAAGUAUGGUUGUUAGCAUUGUUGGAAGAAGAACGAGAUUAGUUCGCAUCUUAAUAAUUGCAGUUAUUGCGCUAGGAUUGAUAUUCUUCCUAAUGCCGAAGAUGUCUCAAAAUUAUGACAAUUCGCUGGUAGGGAGCAAAUAUUUAAAAGAAAGAUCGAAACCAGUCCUUGUAACUAACCUUGGAAAUUUUGAACCUAAAGAAGUAAAUAAAAAGGAUGGACCUGGAGAAGGAGGUAAACCUCAUUAUUUAAGAGAUGACCAACAGAAUGAUGCAGAUGAAUCAGAAUCAGAAUAUGGCAUGAAUAUUGCAUGUUCAGAUGAAAUUUCACUAGACAGAAAUAUUCCUGAUACUCGAAUGAAAGAAUGUAGACAUUGGAAUUAUCCAACUGAUUUACCAAAAACAAGUGUUAUAAUUGUGUUUCAUAAUGAGGGUUGGUCAGUAUUACUCAGGACUGUGCAUACUGUGAUAAAUCGUUCUCCUCCAACUGUUCUUGAAGAGGUUCUUCUUGUGGAUGAUUACAGUGAUAAAGAAAACUUGAAGAGUGACUUAGAUAAUUAUAUAGAGCAGUUCAAUGGUAAAGUUCGAUUAAUAAGAAAUACAGAAAGAGAAGGUCUUAUUAGAACUAGAUCUAGAGGAGCAAAAGAAGCAAAAGGAGAAGUUAUAGUAUAUUUAGAUGCCCAUUGUGAAGUAAAUGUUAACUGGCUACCGCCACUUUUAGCUCCAAUUUACAGGGACCGUACUGUAAUGACAGUCCCUAUAAUUGAUGGAAUUGAUCAUAAGACAUUCGAAUAUCGUCCAGUUUAUGGAGACAGUCGUCAUUAUAGAGGUAUAUUCGAAUGGGGUAUGUUAUACAAAGAGAAUGAGGUUCCAGACCGUGAACUUUCCAAAAGAAGUCAUAACAGCGAACCUUAUAAAAGCCCUACCCACGCUGGAGGACUUUUUGCCAUUAAUAGACAAUAUUUCUUAGAAUUAGGCGCCUACGAUCCCGGAUUAUUAGUUUGGGGAGGUGAAAAUUUCGAACUUAGUUUUAAGAUUUGGCAAUGUGGAGGUAGUAUUGAAUGGGUACCGUGUUCUCGAGUUGGUCACGUUUAUAGAGGAUUUAUGCCUUAUAAUUUCGGAAAGUUAGCUCAAAAGAAGAAAGGGCCUUUGAUUACGAUCAAUUAUAAGCGUGUAAUCGAAACAUGGUUUGACGAAAAAUAUAAAGAAUUCUUUUAUACACGAGAACCAAUGGCUAGAUUUUACGAUAUGGGUGAUAUUACAGAACAAAAAUAUCUUAAAGAGCGGCUAAAAUGUAAAAAUUUCGACUGGUAUAUGGAAAAUGUGGCGUAUGAUGUGUAUGAAAAAUUCCCAGAACUACCUCCGAAUCUCCACUGGGGUGAGUUACGAUCUGGGGCAACCGAUAAAUGCCUAGAUACUUUGGGACACGGUCCCCCAUCCCUUAUGGCUGUCCAACAUUGUCAUGGUUAUGGAAAUAAUCAACUAAUUAGGUUGAAUGCAAAAGGCCAACUUGGGAUCGGUGAACGGUGCAUCGAAGCCGACUCUCAAGGAAUAAAGCUGGCCUUUUGUCGACUUGGAACAGUGAACGGACCAUGGAUUUAUGACGAAGGUACACACACCCUUCUUCAUAGGGUUCACAAAAAGUGUAUGGCCCUACAUCCUCAAACAUCACAUCUGUCUUUAAUGCCCUGCGAUGUUAAUAACACUUAUCAGCAAUGGUAUUUCAAACAAAUUCAACCCAGGUUGUGAAAAUAAUUUAGACAAUACAUAAAAAUUAUUUAAAGUAUUUCUUUUAAUCUUAUUCUCUCUAAUAGAGAUGACAUUUAAAUUUUAUAUAUAUACUGGUGUAUGUGAUACAUGCGACAAAAUUUGAAUGGGUAUUUAUUUAACUAACUUAUUACUCAAAUAUAUGUUCUUAUUAGUGCGUUAACAAGAUAGUAUCUAUAGCUGGGUGAACUGCUCCAGAAGUUUUAUGUCUCAUUUUUUUUAAUGCAGAUUACUAUUACUGAUCCUUAUUUACCCCAAAGUAUUACGCCAAAAGUUGCACUGAUUUAUCUGUAAACUUUUCGCUGUUGAAUGAAUGUUAAUACAAAAGAAAAAGCAUUUCUCGUAAAUAUAGUUGUAAUGUUUAUAAAGACAUUAGAUCUAAGCAGUUAAA